AUGAAGAACGACAAUGACGGUAGCAAAGACGAGAUGGACUUGGAGGAGAAGAUGCAAGUCACGAAUCGCCCCCGUUGGUACCGUUCCUACGUGGAAGACGCGUACGACACGGGGCAUGAGUUUGAACAAACCGAAGUGGCCAAAGAGAUUGUUCGUGCUGCCGCUCGUGCCUUUUACGAAGAUCAGCACGUGGUGGUGGUGGACUUUUUGCUGCGAGUCAAAUUUUUGCGGGACGGUCCCGGGAUGGGUGCGGGAUUGCAUCUGAGUACAAAACAAGUCAAGGCAGCCUUGGUCUUUUUGCAAAAGCAACAUUGGGUGGAUGUAGAGACGGUCAGUGGCAUUGUGGUGACGGAAUCCCAACAACGAAUUUAUAGGAGGAAGGAAACGGCACAGUUUUAUUACGUCGACUUGAACAAGGCGGUCCACGUCAUCCAGCUCAAAUUGCAUUUGUUGAAAACACAAUUGCAACAGCAAGAGCUCAACGCCGCCAACACAAGUCACUACCAGUGUCCCAAUUAUCUUACAAAAACAUGCAAUGGACAUUACACGGAACAAGAUGUGCAGAGUUGCCCCAUUUCCAAAGAGGGGCUUUUUUUGUGUCAAGAAUGUCAACAGGCACAUCAAUUCAAUCCAGAUCCACCGCCACAGCACACUUACACGCUUCAAUUGGUCAAUAACAAACAACAACACAAUACAGCACAGGAACUCCAACGAAGACUUCACGUGCAAAUGACGCAGAAACACGAUCCUCACAACAACAAGGUCAUUCGCCCUGGAAUCUACAAUCUACUCCAAAAACUCAAGCACAUUACGCAACAAAAGUUACAUGGAUUGCCCGUCACUUCCAAUUUGCCUUCCGAGCAUGGCGCGGAGGAGUACCUACGAGGAUCCAUGCUCUUUGACAACACCAAUUAUCAGGAACAAGUGCAACACGAAAUGGCAGGACUCAUUUCCUUUGCCAAUCCAAUUACUGGAACAACCACGGUACUCGAACUACAACAUUCCGCAGCAGCACAAUUGGCAUCUCGUUGGGCCACACAUGGUGUCUCACAAAUGAGACUCCACACGGUCACCCACAGAUCCUCCAUGGCCACCACCAUCAAUGCGUUCUCCGCUGCGGCACUCGACACUUCCACUACAUUGACAACUGGUGACUCAAAGAAGCCCCGCAAACCAUCCUUGCUGGGAGCCAGUGACAGACCCACCAAAAUGACAUGUCGACAAACCACACCCUACUUUCUACUCAAUAAUAAUGUUGGGCGGACACAACAGAAACAACCACAAGACGGUACCACUGAAACCACACGAUGCAUGAGCAUGGAACAACCUCCCAUUGUACUAGGACAGGAAUCCACUGGAUCCAAGUUGCAACAGUUUCUGGGAGAUGUCUACAAACAGCAAUUAGAACAACAAGGGCAACAACAACAGCGGCCCAAACUGAAACGGUCCAAUUCCUGUCAACAGUUUCAAUCGUACGAUUCUUCCAAUCAAGAAUUUGCCAGUUGUGACUUUUUAACCGCAGAUUCCGCAAUGCCAUCACUGACAAAACCAGGCAUUGUCAAGAGGAAGCGGUCGUCCUGUCCGUCCAUUGGGAGUCUCUUUCAGAGUGCCGAUUUUGAGGAAAUUCAAAAUACAUUUCCUUCCAUCGACUGGGGACAAGCCAUGGACAUCACCAGCAACAACGAGUUCGAACCACAAAAGCCAGCAGCAACAAGUCCAACACCAAAUACCAAUCCACGACUGCCAAAUGUGGAACGACCUGCCUUAUUACGACGAUCCUCCUCGUGCCCCUCAUUGGAAUUGGGGCCCAUGUUUCAAACAGUUGACACAAUCACCAGUGUCGAUAUGGUACAAGACGCGGAACAACUGUUUCUCGGAUCGGCCAUGGUGCCGCUGCCGCAAUUGGAGUUUGGGCUGUUGGGACCAUCCCUCGGUCCCUUUGCCAGUGUCGAUUUGUUGCAUCAUCCCAUGAUGCACAGUAUCGAUAAUGAUCCAGCAACAGCAAAAACAGAGGAUUCUCUGGGGGCAGCUCGACGCAGUGACUUUGACAGUAUUGAUACUAUGAAACGGCCUGGUGCUUUUAAGAAUGUGGAGGACUGUGUGUUGCAGAAGACCAUGGAUGGAGAACAAUAUUCCAAUGCCAAUCAAACAGCGAACGCCGACAAACACGGCAAUGCAGUGGUUGGAAAGCAGCCCACAAGCUCCGACCCGAAUGCCUGCGGAGAAUGUGGAGCCACCACACCGGUGGGAGCCAAGUUUUGCCCGGAAUGUGGCUGUAAACUCAAAGCCACCAAGAACAAUCGGCACCGAAGCACUGAUGCAAAACCGGCUGCAGUCGAUAACAAUCAAUUCCAUGGCCCUGGUGCUGCAGGAGAUGCUUUUCACUCUAAGAAGUCCCUUCUCAAUCAUGUAAUGAUGGGAGCUACAAGCCCUGGCAACAGCAAUAAGUCCCCGGCUACAGGUGCUGGAAGUGGUCCAGGGAGUGAUUUCUGUAGUAUGGAUAUGCUGGCAGAUCUCAUGAUAAGUGCCGAUCUUGGCUCAGCCAAUCCGGACGGAGUCUCGCCCAAUACACUGCAAACAGGGAUUCAAGAGCUCGGGGAGUGCACACCCGGAGACAGAGCAGAGCCGCCAAUGGAAAACGGCAACCAAAAGCGUGCCGCCAGUCUUCAAGGUCCCGAGCAAAGCAAUGAAGCAACAGUUGUGUGCCCUGGUGGCGAUGCCCGUUCCGAUUGGUUCAGCGAUUAUACUCCUCAUUUUACCGGUGCAACCAACGGUGCAGCACCCGCUCCAAACGUAGCACCCGCUCCAAACUCAGCACCCACAGGAGGCAGAAACAGGAAUCGAAGGGAAGAUCCGGCGGUCAAAGAUUAUUUCGACAAAACGAAUCGGGACAUCUUGUGUGGCCGUGGGUCAAGGACCAAUCAUUGGGAUGGGAAUAUCCACUAUCUAGCAGUCAUCAGCGAGGCCCAACCUAUCUACAACACUCUUCAAAGGAGGAAGGAUAAGACCAGUAUAAGCUGGGGGAUUGUAGACAGAAUGAAAAAAGAAGGUCGGCGCUUUCUCAAGGAGGAAACGGAAACCCAAAAGUGGUUUGAAAUCACCAAGAAGGCAGCCAGGGAAAAGGUAUCGCAAGCUUUGAGAGAAUACAAGCCAGCGGAGGCCAAUGUCACAAUUCCAACAACUAACUACGAAACUAACAGUAUCUACUGGUAG